CGGCCUCCCGCCACAGGCGUCGCUGUGUGCUCGCGCGGGGCCUGGAGCCGCGUUCCGCUGGGAGCGCGCGCUCGCGCAGAGCAGGGGUUUCAGUUUCUGGCGCGAACUUCCGCCGUUCUGAAGCUGCACGGCGAAUUGGCGCGAUGUCUGGGGACAGCAGCGGCCGCGGGCCCGAGGGCCAGGGCCGGGGCCGGGGCCGGGGCCGCGAGCCGCACCGGGAUCGCACCCGCUCCCGCUCGCGGUCCCCGCUGUCGCCCGGGGCCCGCCGCGGCGCCGCGCUGGAGCGCAGGGAGGCCCCAGAACGCCCGAGCCUGGAGGACACGGAGCCGUCGGAUUCCGAUGACGAGAUGAUAGACCCGGCCAGCUUGGAGGAGGAGGCCGACCAAGGCCUGUGCCGCCAGAUCCGCCAUCAGUACCGGGCGCUCAUCAACUCCGUUCAACAAAACCGGGAGGACAUACUAAAUGCCGGCGACAAAUUAACAGAGGUCCUUGAAGAGGCCAACACUCUGUUUAAUGAAGUCUCCCGAGCAAGAGAAGCAGUCCUGGAUGCCCACUUUCUUGUUUUGGCUUCAGAUUUGGGCAAAGAGAAGGCAAAGCAGCUGCGCUCGGACCUGAGCUCGUUUGACAUGUUAAGAUACGUUGAAACUCUACUGACACAUAUGGGCGUAAAUCCGCUAGAAGCUGAAGAACUCAUCCGUGAUGAAGACAGUUCUGAUUUUGAAUUCAUAGUCUAUGACUCCUGGAAAAUAUCAGGCAAAACAGCAGAAAACACCUUUAAUAAAACCCAUACAUUCCACUUUCUGUUGGGUUCAAUAUAUGGAGAGUUCCCUGCACCAAAGCCACGAACUGAUCGUCCAAGAAAAGUUCCUGCAGUACGAGAGGAGAGGGCAAUGCCCGCCCAGUUAAGCAGAAUGGAAGAAUCUCACCAAGAAGCAACAGAGAAAGAAGUAGAAAGAAUCUUGGGAUUAUUGCAGACAUAUUUUCGAGAAGAUCCUGAUACCCCAAUGUCCUUCUUUGACUUUGUGGUUGAUCCACAUUCUUUCCCCCGUACUGUGGAAAACAUCUUUCAUGUUUCCUUCAUUAUACGGGAUGGUUUUGCAAGAAUAAGACUUGACCAAGACCGACUGCCAAUAAUAGAGCCUGUUAAUAUUAAUGAAGAAAAUGAGGGAUUUGAACAAAACUCACAAGUUAGGAAUCAAGGAAUUAUAGCUUUGAGUUAUCGUGACUGGGAGGAGAUUGUGAAGACCUUUGAGAUUUCAGAGCCUGUGAUUACUCCAAGUCAGAGGCAGCAGAGGCUAAGUGCUUGAUGCUCACUGAAGGACUCAGAUGGACAGCGAAGUCCAGAAAGGAAAGCGGCACAUACUGUAUAUAUUGUAUGAUUCAACAUUUUUAAAGGCACAUUGUUUUUAGUAAAAUGUAGCUUUUGAUAGGUAAUACAUUUGUCAUGAUUGUCUUUGAUUAAAGGAAACUCACUGCCAUAUUCACAAAUAA